ACGGACUGGAGAAACGUUAAGUUUUAUUAGUGGAGCUGGAACCGUCAGGAUGGAUGGAAAAGUGUGUUUUAACAUUUGUUAAUAUAGUGUGACUGAGUGGUAGCUUCCGGCUGUCUCUUCGUGUCGGUAGAAGCCAAACGGACUUUAUUUCCUCAAAGUACAGAUGCAGGGCGGUGGCCUGGAUGACGACAUGGCUGAUGGGGACCUGGGUGACGGGAUGGACGUCAGACGGGCACCCAGCUCAAACAGGAUGAUGAGCCAUGGUGCCGCUGGGCCAACAGGGAGCCUUCCACCCAGAACAGAGCUGUUCCGGCAGGGAAGCAGAUUAUCCGACGCCUCCUGGGUGCCGGGCCGGGAUCAUGGAUUUAACCAGGCAGCAGAGGGUGGGCUGAGUGCUUCCUGGAGGCAGGCAGGGACCGGUUCCCUGCUUGACUUGUCGAAAGAGGAGCUGACAGAAAGACUGCAGGAAGCAACAAAGGUGGCAGAAUUGUUGCACUGUGAGCUGGAGGUGGCACAUCGCUACCUGGAGGGCAAAUAUGAAGCUCUGAAGAUCCUACAGGGAAAGGCUAUCCUAGACAAAGCCACCGGUCACACUAAAAACCUGCUGCAGAAGAGCGAGGAGAGAGCCAAGGCUCUGGAGAAGGAGGUGAAUAGUUUGCAGUGGGAGCUCACCUUCAACCAGGUACAGAUGAAGAAGUUUGAGCAGUUUUGGGAGCAGAAAUACAGCAGGAUCUCCAGUGAGAACAAGACUCUGACCGUCAGUCUGGACGAACGAAGGAGGGAGGUUCAUCAGCUCCGAGCAGAAAACGGUGUUUUGAGUCAGCAGUGUUUGGAGCUCCUCUCCAUGCUGAGCGUUAGAGAGCAGAGGGCUUGCCAAGCAACCAGCCCUCCGCGUGGCCCGGACAGGGAGGAUGCUGAGGCGGAGCUGGCAGAACUGGGGGCUUGCCAGUGUCCAGGUGUUGCUGAAGCUUGUCCCUGUAGUCAGAGCGCUGCCACCAGCAGGAAGCAGCUGCUCCAGCUCCGACAGGAGCUGGAUGCCCAGCAAAGGAGGAGAGAGGAGGCAUUAAUGGUUGCUGAUGCUUUUCGCAUUGCCUUCGAGCAGCAGCUGAGGAAACGAAGUGAACACUUCCUGUUGCGGGCCAACAUGCUCAAGUCCCAUCAACACAAGGCUGAAGGCUCUUACAGGAGAUCUUUAAUCAGUGUAGGUCAGAGGUUGAGAGAAUUGCUGCCUGCCAGCUUCGAGGUGAAGAUGCCUGAUGAUCCGACAGAGGUACUCUACAGACUGCUGGACUUGUUGAAUGACAAAGAAGAGGCUCUGGCCCAUCAGAGGAAGGUGAGCAUCAUGCUAGCCCACAGUGCUGAGGAGCUGCAGAAACAAUUGCGUUCAGAUUCAAAGUGUCAGCAACAAUAUCUAGCAGACCCAUCACGACCCAUCAAGAUCCAACCACAAAACCCACCAGUUCCCAAUAUCCAACCACAGCAACCACCAGACCUAUCAUUGCCUCAAAUCCAAACAAAACAGCCAUUAGACCCAUCAGAGUCCAAGAUCCAGCUGCAGCAAUCACAAGAUUCAUCAGAAUCUAAGAUCCAACUGCAGCAACCACCAGACCCAUCUGUGCCUAAGAUCCAAACACAGCAGCCUCAGGAACCAACAGUGCCUGAGAUUCAACCGCAACUUCCAUACCCAUCAGAGUCCAAGAUCCAUUCACAGCAACUACUAUACCCCUCAGAGUCCAAUAUCCAACCACAACAAUCAAUACACACAGCAGAGCUCAAAAUCCAACAACAGCAACCACCACAUGUAGCAGACUCUGAAAUCCAACCUCAGGGGCUACCAGACCCAUCAGUUCCCAAUAACCAAACACAGCAAUCACCAGACACAUCAGAGUCCAAGACCCAACUGCAGCAACCACCAGACUCAUCAGAGCCUAAGGUCCAACUUCAGCAACCAGCAGACUCAUCAGAGUCCCAGAUCCAAGCACAGAAACCUCAAGACCCAUCCAUGCCUAUGAUCAAAGUGAAGCAACCACAAGACCCAUCAGAACCUAAGCUCCGUGUGCAGCAAUCACUAGACCCAUCACAGUCCAUGAUACAGUCACAGCAACCAACACAACCAGCAGAGACCAACAUCCAAUCACAGCAACCAACACAUCCAGCAGAGACCAACAUCCAAUCACAGCAACCAACACAUCCAGCAGAGACGAACAUCCAAUCACAUCAACCAACACAUCUAACAGAGACCAACAUCCAACCACACCAACAAACACAUUCAGCAGAGGCCAAAAUCCAACCACAGGAGCUACCAGACCCAUCAGUUCCCAAUAACCAAACACAGCAAUCACCAGACUCAUCAAAGUCCAAGACCCAACAGCAGUGACCAUCAUACAAAUCAAAGCCUAAGGUAAAACUGCAGUAACCAUCAGACCCAUCAGAUCCCAAGAUCCAAAUGCACUAAACACCAGACCCAUCAGAGCUCAAGAUCCAACUACAGCAACCAACACACCCAGCAGAGUUUAAGACCUAAUCAGAGCAGCCACCAGGCCCAUCAGAGUCAAAGAUCCAAUUGUAGCAACCACCAGACCAGAAUGUUAAAUCAGUAGGCUUCAGCCAAAAAGUCAAUUUAAGUAAAUUUUGUAUUUCGAAUCAGUAUAUGAUUCUAAGCCAGGCCACGUUAGCCCAAAGCAGACUUUAGGCUCAGUAAACAGUGUCAGUCUCCAGGGCUGAGACAAACUGCUCAGUGAUAAUGCCAAGUUUGUCUGCACAGUGUCUUGAAGCAACAAAAACACUACUUGAGGCCAGUUGUGGUGCUUUACAUUCCCUGUAGGGACUUGUUUCAGCACUGAUGGGACAAGGGCACCUUGCUAUCCACAUGGAUGCUCUUUGCUCUGUGCCUCCUGACAAGCAGAAUGUUUACAAACGUGUCCCACUCCAAUACUUAUCUUUUUUUUUUUUUUUUUUUUUUUUUGCAUUUCUGCUUUAUUUGACAGUCACAGUAGAGAGUCAGGAAAGGCAGGGGAGAGAGAUAGAUAAGAGGGGAUGCCUUGCAGCAGAGGGCAGAGGUCAGAUUUGAACCCAGGACGCUGCGAUCAGGACUCAGCCUUAAGUCUUAUCCAGUGAGAUAAAGGGGCGCCCUCUUCUGGCCUUAUCUAUUUGGUCAACCGGUAAUAACAAUAACCGGUAAUAAACAAUAAGUAGAUUUAACUGAAUUAAACUGGGUUUAGUUCCUCACUUAAACCCCAGUUAAAUACACACACACACACACACACACACACAUAUAUAUAUAUAUAUAUAUAUAUAGUAUGUGUGUGUGUAUUUUUUUUACAGUUUUGAUUUUUUUUCUUGGGACUAAAUUUUUUUUCUUGUAAUUUCUUACAUUACAUUUCUUCUUGAUUUUUGAUUGUUUAUGAUUGUUUCAUGUCAUUUUUUACAGAAUUUUUGCUAAGUAAUCAAAAUAAUUGUCAUGCCAUUUUUCUUGUGAUAUUUUUACUAAUUUUAACUUAUUUUACUUAUUUAUUAAUUUUUUUUUCUAAUUUGCACAUUACCACUUUUUCCCAUGUUUGUGAAAGAAAUCAAGUAAAUUCCUCAGGUUUCAGGGUUAAUUGAGCUUUCAAAAAAUAAAUAAAUUAGUGAAUAAAUAAAUAAAUAAGAAAUUGUGAUAGGUUGUGGGGCCUUUGGUGUUGUGCCUGAUGUGCAUACUGGGCCCAUCAGCUCUGCAGGUGAGAAUGAACAGGUAGUCAGUGCAAAAUAUCUAUCCAAGUGUGUGUGUGUGUGUGUGUGUGUGUGUGUGUCAAUGGGUGUCGGUCACUGUUAUGUCAGGAUAGUACAUAUUUGUGCAAGGUGUCCCACCAGAGUGGGACACCUUGCUUGUGUUUGUGUGUUAUCUGUUUGUGUUCUUGACGUGUCAUUGAACAAAGCAGUGAGCUCUGUGCUCCAGAGCAGCCCAGGGGUGCUGUUCCGUAGCAUGGCCUGACCUCUGACCUCCUGUGGAUGGGACUAAGAGAGAACACUACUUCUCCUCAGAGAUCAGUAAAAUGUCACAUGCUUAUCAUUAUUUUAGCCAAGUUGACAAGUGUAACUAUACCCAGACCAGUCACCAGGUGGCGGUAUAGGCUAACAUAAAACCACUGCUCCCUCUCAGUUUUGAACCACCUCAUCUGAUCACAUUUUAUUAUGAUGCUUCAUGGCAUGAGAAAUAUAGUUAGGCUUCUGGCUUGUCAUGUCAGUGCUGUUAGUUUUUUUUUUUUGUUUUUUGUUUUUUAGUUAAUGUGUAACAGUGUUUAACCUAGAAAUGUGUUUGCAUGAUAACUGUAUUAAACUUGAACAUUUCAACGUAAUUGAAUAAGAGGCUAAUGUUCAUUGAAUUUCCACCGGUAAUGCAGUUGAACACUGCACAUAUAAAUUAAUAUAUAAUAAGGGAAUCAUGUUUAGAGGUAGGAAGUGUAUUAUACAUUAUUUCCAAAAACAAUGCACAUCAGGUAUUUUAGUGAUUAAGCACUGAAGUUGUGGGAGUCUAUAGUUAAGUAUUGCAAUUCUAUAUUACAAUUUAUUGUGAUUUUUGUUGUUUGAAUUAUAUCAAUUCAGGGAUCAAAAUUUUGAUGCAAAAAUGAAUAAAUAAUCAUGAUACUUAUGUGAACUGAUUUUUUUUUGGGCCAUCCCUGAUGAAUGCCGGCAUUGUAGGUGAUACAUUGCUUCUCAAAGUGGGGUCCAAGCCUCAAAAUGAGGAAUAAUGUUGAAAAUGAAAAAAAUGAAAAUGAAAAAUAAUAAAGUGACUAGUAACUGGUUAA